AUGACACCUCUAGUACUUCUCAUGUGUUUGGCUGCCAAGCUCCAUGGAUUCUCAUCUAGUCCGCUUCUCCUGUUUUCAGUUUUUAACAUUAUAAUCAUAGCCAUCCUUGUUGGAAACUACAGACCUUCACAAAAAGUUGAUGGGGCUUGGCCUCUCUUCUUUCCUUUGAAUGAAGGGGAGGAAGAUAUGAAAUACGAGACUGGGGACCACGUUGAGGAUCAGGAGGAGGAGGACGAGGACGAGGAAGAAUGUUUUGGUGCUUCGGAUGGUUAUGUUGAAGAUGAUGAUGAUGAUACUAGUGAUGACGAUAUAUUUUGGCAAGAUGAAGAAGAAGAUGACGAUUGUUUGAACAGAAGAAUCGAAAGCUUUAUUGCCAAGGUCAAUGAAGAAUGGAGGAAAGAGAGACUAAGGGACUUAUGUACGUACAACGUAGUAACCAGCUCGAUCUGA